AUGGAAACCGGCAUUGCAGUCACUGCAUUCGAGUUUGAAUCUGGUAUCGAUAGCAAGCGAAGAGAAAGAGGGCCAAUUAUUCGCAUAUAG